AUGACUACGGAGAAGCUUGAGAAUGAAGACCAAGAUGCUCAACAUCUUGAUGUCUCUCGCGCGGCGCUCACCCAGAUUAUCACCGGGACUAUCGCUGCCACAAAGGUGUCUGAAAGUAUUGCGGAACACGCACGAUCGAUCAUCUCAAACAUCGGACUUAGCAUUCAGCCAAAGAGGGACAACUUCACGAUAAGAGAAUGGCUCGAUAAUGUGGUUCUUCAAACAAAAGAUAACUCCCCCGAGUCACAAGCAUCGUGGCAACUGGUUCAUCUCGCACUCGGCGUCGCAGUGUUGCGUCACAAGGCCCGACAGAACCAGCCUGUUGAUGGCGUUGACCUAGAGUUUGUAUGGGGACUUGUCAGAGACGCCGUUACCGACCCAAUCCUCGCGCCACUUCUACCGGGCGCAUCCCGUAGUGCACAAGGCUUCCUCAGCGUCCCUCUAUGUAGUCUCAUCAAAGACAACAGGAUUGAUGAGCUUUGGCGGCUGCACGUUUGGCUGCCGGAUGGUCACAGAGGAAAUCAAGACUUCGCUAUCCAUUCACACCAGCCUUUUGCGCAAAGCUGGAUCCUUGCAGGCGAGGGCCGCGAUCACCAAUAUGCUGUUACCGACCCAGAAGCCAAGUGUGCGCUGGGCACGCCCUAUGCCCAAUACCGGAUCUCCUGGAGCGGCACGGGGAAAACCCAUGGUACAGCCUAUGUGCCACACCAGUCCUACUCCAUCGUCGAGAAUACCGGGAAGAUUGUUCACAUCAAGCAGGUCGAGACCGCCCUCCAUACUCGCGACAUGCGCUACACUGUCGGAGCCGGUGUACUGCACAGAACAAAGGUGCCUUCGGACGCUUUGCACGCGACCCUCUUCUACUUCGAUUCCAGUCGUGGAUUCAUACAAGAUGCCCCGGUGCUUGGGCCUCCGGAUGGGGAAUCCUACAAGCAAUAUCGGGACGUGGGAAGCCAGCCACCUUGUUCGCUCGCCAACAUGGUGGAGGCAGUCCGCUCCUUUGAGAGGUUGAUGGAAGAAGGGCAACAGUACACCCGUAGCGGAAACCUGGAGAUGGCGCUGCGUAACUUCAACAGUGCGCUUGCUCUUUGCGAAUCGGGGGUUGCUUCUAGUGCGAUCCCGAACGGUGACCGUUACAAGCAAUUCGUUUUCACCAAGCUCGGUGGCACAUACAGACGAUUUGGCAAGUAUGAGCAGGCGAAGGACUUUCUCGAGCAAGCAAUGGCUAUGACAGCGUCGAGUGAGUUGCGGAUCGAAGCCUCUGGCGAGCUUGGUGUCAUCUAUCGGCACAUGGACCUGCUGGAUGAUGCAGAGCGUGUUUUGCGGAUCCAGUACGAAACGGCAAAGGAGUUCCAGGCAGAGCGCUUCGCUUGCCGGCCGAUUGGAAACCUCGGUAUGGUCAACUAUCAAUUGUCCCAAAAGUGUCAGGACGAGUCGUUGCUGAAACUAGCGACAGAUCAGCUACUUGAACGCGUUGAACGGUCUCGGCAAAUCAAGGAUACAAUCGAUUCGCAAGAUCUGGAUGGUGCUACAAGAGAACAGUGGUUGAAGGAUGCAAUAACUUGGGAAACCAUCGGUCUCUCCCGUCUUUCUCUUUGCCAUUCAGCACGAGGAGACGCAAAGAAGGCAGUUCGUGCUGCGUUCGAAGCCCUGAUACUGGCUCGGACGUUCGAGGACGUGAAUGUAGUGGCCAUGGGCCGUUUCUUUUACGGACGGGCACUUCUACUCGAUGGACAGCGAGAUGCGGCUUUGCAACAGUUCAAUUCCCAUGACGGAUGCACGCCUGCCCUUGCUUUUUGCAAGGAACCCUCUGACGAACAUCGCCAGUACCUGCGGGAGCUCAUCGAUGCCGGUGCGGACAUGAGCGUCACUGAUGGCCACGGCUAUAACGCGCUUGACUACGCAACUUUUGCCGGAGAUGCUAAGGCGCAAGACAUCGUCCUUGAAGGCCUUUGCCGCCAAUCCGGAGGCAUGGAGGACUUCAACACUUUGAGCCUGCUACACAAGGAGUCAAAGCUCCGCAAGGGAUAUCGGGAGCUGUUCCAAGAGCGGCUGCGACCUGUCCUUCUUGCUGGAGGCGGCGAUCCGGAUAGAUCUAUAUCAGAACUCCGACGGGUCUAUGCAGAGUCAUUAGCUGAAGAUCUUGAUAAGAAAGCUAUGUUUGACGUCCUAAAGUUUGUGCCGUACUCGGACUUUCUGGCCUUUGGCAGAUUCCCACGGUCAAGCGACGGUUUGGUUCAGGAGUUCAAGGUCUCGAAGACCCCUGGAAAUAAUAGUGAUCCCAAAAGCUCAGCAGACUAUCUGAUAUUCUUCUCCUACCGAUGGAUUAACAAGGAGGCCAACGCAAAGACACCGGAUGACCGCCAACACACCCAGUAUCGACGGAUGAUUGCGGCUACGGAAGAGUUUUUGAAGAUGCACCCCCAUGUAAAUCGGGAUAGGCUUGGUGUCUGGGUGGACUUUGUCUGCGUCGACCAAGACGACCCUAUGUCAGGAGUGUCUGCUCUGCCAAUGAUCAUUGCACAAUGCAAUGCCAUUAUCAGUUUAAGCGACAAUCAGCUACAUGAGAGAGCAUGGUGCUCCGUUGAAUCGAUAAUGAUUCAAACACUCAAGAGGGUGUACAACGUUCAUGUGUGGUAUGAACAAGUGCUCGAUGACGGGACUGAUGGCAUUCGGAACUGCAUCUUGAGAGACGGACCGAUGGAUUUGAGGAUCGUCAUGGCAGACAAGCGUUUGACUUUUGAGACGGACCGGCCUAAAGUUUUGUUUCUGGAGAGGCAAUGCAAGUUACUUGCGUAG